AUGCCUCAGCUGCCUCCCACACAAGUAUCAGACUCCACGGCGGAAGGUUCGGUCUCUAUCCCCGAUGACUUGAUUAGCGAAGAAUCGGAUUUCUACGGCGAUCCAGGCACAAGAUCCAUCUACCAAAAGCUGGCGGAAAGAUAUAGCCCGGAGACAUACUGGGCCAUUCACGAAUGGAACGCACAAGUCGUCGCCGUGAGAGGCAGAAGAGCCCAGAAAUUGGCAGCGAAGCUACGGGCAAAGCAAGAUGCUGAGAAGCGGGCAAAGGCCGAAGCGGAAGCAGCAAGCGAGCAAGCAGGUCACGGCAAUCCUGUACACAGACGCACACGCACAACUCAACCAGCCGCCGACCAGGAGCAGGACGAGGACGAGGUCAAGGUCCAGGAUGAAGAAGCAACACUGGCGCCUUCCCUUCCUUCUCUGGAUCCCAUGGACUUGGAUCCUGCUCCUCAGACCCUUAAGAAUACCUCUACAACAGCCAACACGAGUAACGGCAACGACAUCAACAACGACAAUGAGAACGAGAACGUCGGCACCGACAACGACAACAACGAUCUCACAUCUGACACAACCCUCCAACCACAGAAUUACUACGAAGGCAUGUCGAACGCGAAACAACUAUCCGAAUCCGUCACAGACUUCCUCGCCCGUCUCCCUCCCUCCACCACCACCAUCUCAACAGCAGGCGGACCCUGGAUCUGGAUCGCAAACCCCUACCCCGACCGAACCCGAGACGAACCCGCCAAAAAGAGUUCCCUUUCGAACGACUCCAAGCGCAAGCGUGACCGCGCCAACGUCCCCGACCGUGGAGACAUCUACACCUUCAAACAACUCGGCUUCCGCAUUCUCGAGACCUACACGUCGCGCAAGAGAGACCUAGAGGCCGAAUAUCCAGACAAACCACCGGGCAGUAUCACGCGCAUGCUCCGGCCCGAGCGCAUGCAGCUCGAACCGGCCAUCCUGAAAGCCGCGCAAACCACGAACGUGACUUGUGGGAAAUGGAUGCUCUUUCCGGCUCCGGAAGAUGUCGAUCGUCUGUGGGCCAUUGUGGCGCAUGGGACAUGGGAAGGGAAAUUGGGGGUGAGUGCCAAAGUUGCUGUCGCCGAAACCGAAGACGAAGACGAAGAACACGCCGAAGGCAAAGGCAAAGGCGAAGAACAGCCCGAAGAUAGGGAAGGAGGAGGUAAAGGUAGCAAUGACAACGGACAAAAGGGUCGACAAGACCAUCAUCGUCUGAUCUGCGUCUAUACCUACGACUUUACCGACAAGGCUGAUGUCAGACGUGUCCUUCUGGGCAUGAAGGAGCUGGGACUGCUUGACAACAGUAAUCCCAACCAUGCAUCAGGCUUCAAUCACACUCGGACCAAGUACGGCAGCGCGACCAGUAACGCCAAUGGCUACGGCAAUAGGGGUGGCCGGGGUGGUUACAGUAACAGCAAUAGCAACAGCAGCAAUGGCUUGAUCACGAUCUACUACAAAUCCGACGCCUACACGUACCUCGACCUUGCCAAUGGGAACGAAUACAGAUUGAAGGCCAGCAUGUAUUGUUCUAAGGAUUUCCUGGGAUGA